AUGAGGAAAGGAAUGUGGCAAAAGCUUAGGAUACUGGCUCAAUUUAUAAAUCAACCAUGGUUCAUAUGGGGAGACUUUAAUGCAAUCAUGGCUACUCAAGAUAGAGUAUCAAGGCAUGAAGUAACAAUGGCUGAUAUCCAGGACUUUGCAGACCUUUGUUCAGAUACCAUGACUACUGAAAUCCCUUGGAGGGGAGAUUACUUCACAUGGACAAAUGGUCAAAUGGGAGUGGAUAGAGUAAUAAGUAAAAUUGAUAGAGCCUUGGGAAAUGGUGAAUGGAUGAUGAAGUUUGGGCAUCUAACAGUGGAAGUUGGAGAUCCAUUCAUCUCAGAACAUUCUCCUCUGUCUCUGAGAUUUGAAAGAAGGAAUAGUUGUAUUAAAAUUCCAUUUAGGUUCUUGAAUGUUUGGGCUGAUCAUGAGGCAUUCCAAAGCAUAGUUACUAAGGGGGAUGCAGCAGUGAAAAUUGAACAAGCAAGAAGGGAGAUAAUUGAAUGUCAACAAGAGAUGAAGAAAGGAUACACAUACCGACUAAGGAUGAUGGAGAAGGCAGCUAGAGAUAAAUUAGAAAAGUGGUCACUCAUUGAAGAAAAGAUAUUCUAG